AUGGUAACCUCACACGGCGGUAGCUCACUUUUGUUCAAUGAGAGGAAGAACACAGCAUGUAAUAGACAGAAAAAGAGGAGGGAUAAUGCAAAGUUGGUAACAGAGGAAGAAGGUGAAGAAGGAGCAGGCGGAAAAGAAAGGGUAUCAAGAAAACAAGUAGAUAAAAAGCAACAAGUGCAGAUUCAUCAACAAGACACAAGUGAUAAAAAGAAGUGCAGGAUCGCCAUGCUACAGAAUGGAGUAAAUGGGUUACGCAGCAGACCUGAGGCCCGCUGGUACCGUAGGAGAGAAGACACCACGAGUAAGGGUCUCACGGUGAUGGCUUUCCCCGAUUAUGACAUACAUGCUUCUAUCUCUGGUGCAACUAUAACGGUCCCAUGGUAUUAUCAAGAGGCGAUAUUCAACUAUUUAUGGUAUACAGAUACAGGAAUUAACUUGCUCGUAGAAUUUUCCACGAUAUCGAACUUUGGAGAGUAA